AUGCCUCAGAUCCAUUAUCUCGGAUGCAUCAUAGAUAAGGACGGACGUCAUCCUGACCCAGAGAAGACUGAGGUCAUCCGCCAGAUGCCAAUAUCGAAGAACGUGGCAGAGAUUCGCUCGUUCCUUGGUAUGAUCAAUCUCACUGCUGCAGAAAAUAACUGCGGUGAGAUCGAGAAAGAGGGACUCGCCUUGAUAUUCGUUGUUCGGAAGUUCCACCGUUACAUAUAUGGACGUCGAUUCAAGCUCCUCACGGAUCACAAGCCUUUGCUACACAUUUUCGGACCAAAGGAAAUGGUGCCCAUAUACACGGCAAAUCAACUGCAACGUUGGAAGUCGAUACUUCUCGGAUAUGAUCUCGGAAAUCCCAGGGUGAUCGUGUCAGACAACGGGCGCCAGUUGAGGACGUCGUUGACACUGCUGAAGGAAUCAGCUAAAGAAGAGGGAACGCACAAUAUGAAAAUUGAAGAACAGUUCAAUCAUCAUAAUGGAGCACAGAAGAGAUCGUACCACCAGAAAGAACUCGUGUGGGUGCGUGACUACCGCCCAGGACAUGAGAAAUGGAUCCCUGCUCGUGUGAAGAAUCGCCAUGGACGAGCCGCUUAUGACGUGCUAACGGAAGAAGACGAUUUGUGGAAAAGACACCCUAGCCAGAUGCGUGGAAAAAAGUAA